ACAGAAACCCGUGUAUAACUGUGUCACACAAUGUCACACGUACGGAAUGUCAAUGUAAAGAUUUAGAAUAUAUACAUCAGUGUUGUUAAAUAAGAAUAUACUUCUGUCUAAUGGAUUAGAAUAUACAUCACUGUUAUAAAAAAUAAGAAGAUGCCAUAGACGGAAUAUGGGAUCCAGUAAUUCGAAAUCACCAGACUCGGGUAGCACACUUCGAGAAAGCGAACAAUAUUCAAUCACACCCGAGCCAGAACCAGAUAUCAACGUUCAGACAGUCAGUGAAGAUAUCAACGAAGAGCCGCAGCAUGAUUUUUUCCGAUCACAAACCAAUUCGGAGUUCUGUAACGUCCCUCCACCAAUCACCCUUCUCAAAGAUGACGAAACGUCUUUCGAAACAGAUCAGUCAAAAGGCAAAGAAAGCGAGAUUUUUAUUUUUAACACAGUGACAGAAGAAACUCCUGAAGUUGACGAACUUCAGGAGAAUGGCAUUGAGGAAGAGGGAGAAAUUAUCACUGAGCCAGAACCAGUAGACGAAGAAGUAAUCAUGGAACAAGAGCUCGAAGAGGAGGAAGUUGUCAUAGAGCAAGAACUCACAGAAGUUGAGGAAGAACACGUGGAGGUGGAAAUGGGACAAAACGAUAUCACUGUGGAAUCCCAUGAAACCCGAAACAUAUACGAAGAACAGACAGACUUCACCGAGAAUAUGCAAUCGCAAGAUAUUCAUGAAAUACCUGAUGAAAACCAAGAGGAACCCCACACGGAAGAGAACAUCGAGGACAAAGGAACCAAGGUGGAGGGGGAAACAGAACAACCACAAGAGGUACAGGAUGAACAAGAAGAAGUGGUGGAAGAGGAAGACGAACAGGUAACGGAAAAAUGGAUACCAAAAACUGCUUUAGAGGCCGUGUAUGAUAAACCUGGUUUCGAAGACGAAGAAUCAUUUCCUCUUACGCAACCUCCAAAGGUUGAAACAGUAGCUUAUGUUGCGGAGGACGACGACGACGAAGACGAGAAAUUUGACAUAACACUUUCUGCUGAGAUGUCCGAAUUCUUCGCCAAACCCUACGAAACCAUGACUUUUGAUUUCAAUCUAGCCACUGGACAUUUAAAACCCAUUAGAGAGUUUGUGACCAAGUGGGGGUUUUAUAAAGCUGUUCCGACCCCCGAUGUUCUAAAAAGAGCACAAAAGGCCGUCAGACACUUUAAUAUACCGGCACCAAAGACUCAACGUGGGUAUCCUCUCCCAUUUCCACGGUUCUUAAUGAAGCCUCCGGAUCUUGAACCCUUUAAAAUUAUCGAAAGUACUUUGAAACUGAAGGAAUCAAAGAGUUUCGGGGCUGUAAUGAAAUUGAUAAAGAACAUGAAAAAUGUGGUACAUGAUGAUGAAGUAAAAGUUCGAAUAAUUGCGAAGUGGAUGUCACAACAUUCUCAUAAAAUUCCACCACUGGGCAAAAGCGGAAAGUCCGAUUUUGCAGGAAAUGCUCAAGUGCAUCUCUUUUACAAAUUUUGCAAAAUAUUAAACAUCGAAUGUGCUGUCAUUGAGGGUAGAAGAAAGCUUUAUCAAAGAGAACCUAGUUCAAAACCAGGAAAGCGAGCAGUCAAAGCCGUUUGGUGCGCUGUACUUGUAAAUGGUCACUGGCAAUUUGUGGACCCCAGUCUACCCGGAUUGAAGGAAAUAAGGAAAAUGAAUGAUGAAAAGACGGAACCAGAAAACGAGAAAUCUUGGCUGAGAACAAUGCGGGCAAAGAUUGGCGAGUACUACAGCCUCCCAGACCCGACAUUCUUUGUUCAUACACAUCUACCAGACGAAGAAUACUGGCAGUUGCUGUGUAGACCCGUCCUGGAAUCAGAAUGGUACAACAUGGUAUGUGUGUCUCCAUUCUUCUUUCAUUAUGGAUUCGACCUUCAGUCAAAAGUGACAUACAACGUGAAGUGCAAUGGCAAUUAUCUUAUUUUGACCUUCACAUACCCUUCGGACAGAAUGUUUAUUUUUACUACCUCGAUUGUACCCAACCCUCCCAAGAAUCCACCUUACGUUUGUAUUGAAUCUGACUUUGAUGGGAAAUCUCUUUCAGUCGAGGUUUUCGUAAGGCAGAAGGGAACAUACUUUCUCCACAUAUACUUCAAAGAUUUAGGCAGUGAAUGCCGAGACUUCUUGUAUUUGUGUACUUACUGUCUAGAAAUUACCAAACCAAAUGUGGAUGCAUUCGAUGCGGUUUUUGUAAAUGCCCGUCAACAUUGGGGACCUGCGGAUGAUACCCUCGAUGCUGGUCUUGUUCCUGUUUCGCAUGUCACAAGCGAAAUCGAAUGUGGAAAGGAGUUUCUGGAUAUUGUGUUCGAUUUACAAAAUGAUUUAAAUCUUCACUGUACUUUAGUAGAUAAAGACGGUCGUGAUCUUUCCCGCCAUAUUGCUUACUGGGUUUAUGGGAAAAAGUUUAACAUAAAGGUUACAUGUCCAGGCUUCCAAAAAUGUGCUUUGGAGAUAUUCACAAAAAAUGAAGACGACGAUUCAUUGAAAACAAUUUGUAAUUAUCGGGUACAUUUCAUUGGUAAUAAUAAAGAGGCGAAACCGAUAAUGGGGUUUCCACCAAGCAUGACCAAACUUGGUGUUACGGAGGCGGGCGAACUUCUUAAUUUUAUGCCACUUUUCCCAAAUCCUUGCGUUUUUGCAAUGGCUGAAGAAUCUACCCUACAAUUUACCAUGGAUUCGUCUGAAUCAAUCAUUUUUCCGUCUUUGAAGUAUGUUUCCGAUAAACUUUAUAAUACAGACUCUUAUAUGGCUUGGUUUCUAGAAGACGACGGCAAAUUGUCAGUAUCUAUCAAUCCUCUUAGAGAUGGAUUAUAUCUCUUGUCUGUUCAAACAAAAUAUAGUAUAGAUGUAGUGGAGAGUACUAUGCUUUAUUUUGGACUCAUAAAUGUGGAAAUUCCUUCAAGUCAGUGGGCUCCCUAUCCAGAACGGUCUGUAGAGGUUCAAAAACAAGUCAAAAUUCUUGAACCCAAAACCGGGUAUCUCCGUGCCAAAGAGGAAUACAGCUUUUCAUUUCAGAUCAAGGAUGAGGCCCAAGAUGUUGCUAUGGUGACUAGCAAUGGCUGGUGCCAUCUUGAAAAGAAAGAUUCAAAUAUAUGGGAGGGUACCGCAUUAACCGGACCAAAGGGAACAGAUGUCACUUUGAAUGCAAGAUUUGAGGUUGGAUCACAAAAAUUCACUAAACUUUUGACAUACAAGUCAAUUGAUAAAAAAGAGUACGAGGCAAGAACCAAACGACAAGAGCAGAUUAGAACACAGAAGAUGAUGGCGUUUGCCCAAGACGAUGAAAAAGUCAAGCCUCCAGAAAAAUUGUCUCUGAUGGCAGAGAGGCAUAAGAAGGAUGUGAAAUCAAACAACAAAAAGGGUAAACAAGGGAAAAAAUGCGAUUUCUCACGAAACAAGAAAGCAACUGACGCAGAACCACAGAAAGAAGAAACAGCUGAUAAAAGAAAGUCUUCGAAUAUACCUAGGUCAAAUCCAAAUAAAGAAUCGCAAGGUUCAAUUUCAGAGGAACCAGCAACAAAAGAAUUAGUCAGAAAACGGGGUACUUUGAAUAAAAGAGACGACUCUGGACCACCACCUUCCAGUCGAGAUACACAGCGCUCAUUCAACAAAAAAGAUGAUUCUGGACAACCCCGAGCCAGUCGAAAUACCAAAAGUACUGUAGAUAAAAAGGAAGAGUCCGAACCACCGCAAACAAGUCGAGAAACCCAGAGCACUUUAAAUAAAAAAGACUAUUCUGAAACACCGCAAACUAGUAGGGAUAACCAGCGUACCUUGAAUAAAAAAGAAACACCACAAACAAGUCGGGAUACCCAGCGUACAUUAAAUAAAAUAGACAAAUCUGAAAUACCGCAAACCGGUCGGGAUAUCCAGCGUACUUUAAAUAAGAAAGACAAUUCUGAAACACCACAAACUAGUAGGGAUAUCCAGCGUACUUUAAAUAAGAAAGAUGAUUCUGAAACACCGCGAACCGGUCGAGAUAUCCAGAAGGAAGUUAAAAAGGAUCAACGACCAAACGAUAAACAAAGACAGGAAAACAGUUCUGAAGCUGAUGCCAAGACAGAUACGCAGCAGGAAACAUCGAGAACAAAUGCCAAGGAAUCACCCAAGGAUGAUGUAUUAGAUAAGACAGUCAAAGGUAGAAAAAACUCGAACGAAAUCCCUAAAAACAAAUUCAGAAAAUUUUCUGCCGAUUCAAAAUCUUCUGGUUCAGAUGGGAGCAAUCGGUCAACUACAUCGAGAACAAAUGCUAGGGAACCAUCUAGGAAUGGCGUUUCAGAAAAUAAAGUAAGAAGACCCCCGAAAGAAAUCCCGAAGUUCAAAUUCCGAAAAUUUUCAACCAAAGUGCCAUCUGAGACGGAAGAGAAUGCAAUGUCUGAAAACGGUAAUUCUGAAACACAAGACGAAUUACAACCUGUUCCCAGCGAGCCCGAAACCCUGAGUCCAGCAACCAUUGCAAGACUGAAAGCAAAGAAACGGGGACUAUCUAAACAGAGUGGGCCCAAAAUAGCUAUCUCUGGUCCCGCUGGCACAAUGGCCUCCCCUCGAAUCUCCGUCUCCUGAGGUCUAUAUGUGAAAGGUUCUGAAUUCACAAAAUCUUUUCCGAAGAUGAAUGGGAUUUCUCUAUCGAAAUCUUAUUGGAGGUUUCUUUUUAUAAAAAAAAAUUAUGAAAAAGCAGCGCCUUGGCAUGAAAUGUGAAAAAAAAACAACAAAGUAUA